AUGCUUUCAGAAUGUUCGGUAGUUUCCGAAUUGUAGUUUGGUCAUCUGGAACUUGUUUUUGAUCCCUGAUCCGUGCCGUACGAGCGGGGACCAUGAAAUAAUUGCAACAUAUGAAGAAGAUGGUUCGUUCAUGUUAGCAGACGAUGGCGACGAUCGGGGCAUGAUUUGUUUGGUGGUUCCCGCCCCCUGCAGCUGAAUAGGAGGUGCAUGGAAGCUGGUGAGAGAUGGCGCCCAAGGUGAAGGAGGACGAGAAACUCGAGAGGACUAUCCGCGGUCUCUUGAAACAUCCCGAUAACCGGAGAUGUAUUAACUGCAACAGUUUGGGACCGCAAUACGUUUGCACCACCUUCUGUACGUUCAUCUGCACGAACUGCAGUGGGAUACACCGUGAGUUCACGCACCGGGUAAAAUCGAUAUCCAUGGCUAAAUUCACUAGUGAAGAAGUGACUGCACUUCAAGCUGGAGGAAAUGAGCGAGCGCGGCAAAUAUAUCUCAAAGAAUGGGAUCCUGAGCGCCAUUCUCAUCCCGACAGCAGUAACCUUUAUAAACUCCGGGAUUUCAUCAAGCACGUCUACGUAGAUAGGAAAUUUAGUGGCGAAAGAAGCGAGGAGAAGCUCCCGAGGCUGAGAUUGGCCGACAAAGAAGAGUCGUAUGGGAGCAGAAGUUCGAAUGCAUGUCGGAGUGCAUCUGGAAGCCCUAGGUAUGAGGACAGAUACGAAAGACCUUAUAGUGGAAGGUCAAGUCCGAGUGGACGAAGCGAUGACGGGAUUUUGAAAUACUAUUAUGAUGAAAGGAGAAGUCCGAGAUAUGCCCGAGAAGUCUCGAGAUACGGGGGUUAUAGGAGGAGUCCUGUCCGUUUCGAGGUUGUUGAUGACCGGUUUCGGGACGACACGUUAGGAAGUGGCAGGCGAACUCAGGGUCAAAGGCUUGCCAAUGAAGAAUCGAGGCUGGGGAGCAGGUCACCCGAGAAUCAAAAGAACAUGGAUAAGUCCACUCCCACUGUAACUCGACCCGCAAAGGAGAUUGUAACGGACGCAGGUCCUUCUCUCAGGGUAGGCGAAACGAUGGAAAAUUCUGAUGGUUGUACCAAUGUCAAGAAGGUUCGAUCGUUAGAUAAUUUGCGGAAUACCAAUGGCAGUGCUGCAGAAAUGAAAGAGGCCAAAUCCCAAAGUCUGAUCGAGUGUAGUACAGACGAGAAGCCUCCCGAUGCUUCAGCUGAAACGCAGAGACAACAAACGCCUUCCUCUACCGGUGGAGGUAACUGGGCUUCGUUCGCCCCCUCUGCAAAGGAGAAGGCACCGUCAGCAUCAAGUGCAAAUACCCUGGAGAUGUUGUUGCUAGAAUUAACGCCAGCAGUGGUAACAGUCGGUGAUUUGUCUGAGGGAAUCAGCAGCUUCGAUGCUCAGUCAAUUGCAGCUGUAAGCAACACGUCACCCACCGGCAUAGCCCCUGAUGCUGCUGCAGAACAAACAACAGCAACAGCUGAUGUUCCUAGACAGCAAGCAUCAGCCUUGGCUGAUGCUCCUGCUACAUCAAGUCCUAUUGUCUCAACGGAAAAUAUUGGCGAAGAGACUCCCCAAGUAGCACCCGAGAGUAGUGUUGACUUGUCGGAGCAGUUACCGAGCACUCAGCAGUGUCAGCCUCCAGCAUCCCCUUCCAAGGAUGAGAGUGCUGCGGUAGAAAAGAAUGAACCGCUGGUAACUUCUAUAUAAAUACUUAUCUGAAAGAAGUACUGCGAUUCUCCACUCUCAUACAUAGUUGGCAACUUUGUCUUCAAUCUCUUGGUUGACCUGCAAGAGGCAGCCUUGGAAAAAUGUGAAGAACAUAGCUGAUUCUUAAUCCUUCAUUUCUUGUGGGGUUCUUUUCAUGUGAUGCUUAUCACAUCAUGAUUAUUUGAGCGUAUUUGCAGCCUUUAACGUCGCUCGAGCUUAAUGAGCAAGGACCUCCUAGCAAUUCAUCUCAAGCUGGCACCGCACCUGUCCAAGAGGCGAGCUCUGGAUUGGCAUUGCAUAACCUUCCCGUUGAGCCGAAGCCCAGCGGGAGAAAGGAACUUCCAGCAGUAAGCUAAUUGAAUAUGUUUCUUAACCAAAAGGAAGUUGCAACAGCUAUUUUACAGGCACAUGUUCUUGCAGAACCUUUUCACUGCAUUGUACCCCCCAGCACCAGCACCAAUUCAAGGUUGGCAAACAGCUAGACCUCAUGGCAUGGGCUUCAACAUGCAGUACUAUCCUAACAUGACGCCUAUGCCCACAUACCCGAGCUCUGCAAGGUCGACAAACCCAUUCGAUUUCGGUGGUGGAACUGAUCAACCUCAAGAGCCAGCGUUCGCUUCCAUGGAACCUCUGCAGGGAGCGCUGUACAAUGUCUCAGCUUCUUCUGGGUUUGCACAUACUUCAAGCCAGGGUGCCAAAGCACCAGGAAUGAUGCUGCAUCAGUCUCCAUCAUAUGGCUCCAAUGCCGUCUCGCCGUUCCAGUCUUCUUCUUAUGGAGCCUUAUCGAUGGGUUUGCACCCAGAGCAACAAGGGCAGGGCGAUAUGCCGCCUUCAAGAGCGCAUGGCUUCGGUGGUUAUGGAACCGAUCCGUCGCCUUUUAGCUCCUCGAACACUAGUCAACAGAUGGCAACGGGCUAUUCGACACCCGCAGCCCCAAAUUCUUUUCCGGCUUCAGGGGGAGGAAACCCUUUCGCCUAGAUUAACAAUGGAGUGACUCAGAUGAAUCCAUACAUAGUCUUCCAGCUUGCAGCCCUGCAACAUCGUGGGAGGCGUUUCACUCCGCAUUCCCUAAUUGAAGGUCAGUUGAAACUGUCCGGCGCAAUCAAGACUGUCCACAUGUAUAUGCUUUGCUAGGAACUCUGCAACUCGAUUGUGGUAAAUGAGUUAAACCACACAAACCAACCCAUAAUAUUCAUUGACAAGUUCAAAUAGUUCGCAAUACUCCUCUGUAAAUUUAGCUUUCGUCUUGUCGACCAUCCUUCCAGGAUGCUGCUUUGAGCUGUGACCAGAAUUUCCUUUGCGGAAUUAGAAACUGUAGCUUGUAUUCUUGGCGAUGCGAAGGAGCAAGAUGGCGAGCAUCUUAAACUUUGUCAAACACUCGACUAAGUAAGGAAAUUCCGUGC